CGGCGGCCGCGGGCGGCCCUGAGACUCUGUGAGUGGCGGUGUCCGCCGGGGCUGCGGGCGGGCGGGCGGCUCCGGCUGCUCCUCGAGCAGGGGCUGCAGCGGGACGGAUCGGGGCUGGCGGCACACAUGGAUGACAGCAAGGUGGUUGGAGGCAAGGUAAAGAAACCAGGCAAACGAGGUCGUAAACCAGCCAAAAUAGACUUGAAGGCAAAACUUGAAAGAAGUCGUCAGAGCGCAAGAGAGUGCAGAGCCAGGAAGAAGCUGAGGUACCAGUACCUGGAAGAGCUGGUUUCAAGCAGAGAGCGAGCCAUCUGUGCUCUGAGAGAAGAGCUUGAAAUGUACAAGCAGUGGUGCAUGGCCAUGGACCAAGGGAAAAUCCCCUCGGAAAUAAAAGCCCUGCUAACUGGAGAGGAGCAAGGCAAAGCACAGCAGAACUCAACCAAACUUGCCAAGGCUGCGAAGACAGAGGCAAACAGCAGCAAUCCCUGGUGAAGAUUAACCUACAUCAAUAAUGAAUCUAGUUUUUCCUGAAGAGCUGAAGAGGGUUUGGGAUCAUAGCUCCAUUUGCUUCUUUCCAAGAAAUUGUAAUCUCUAUAAUUACCUAUUAAAUUACUGUUAAUAUAAGAAGUAAAUGUUUGAGACUAGUCUCAAAAUGCAGAGAAAUCAGAGGAAAAGCUGAAAUAACAACCAUAGUCCUCCUCAUUGUGCUCAAAAGUUACAGCAUGGGUGACAGAGGAUGGGCUAAUGUAGAAAUCCCUGUUGUAGGUAAGCAGGGCAAAAUACCAGUUUGUGAGUUCCUGCUCUAUAUGUUUGGGUGAGUAUUGGUGAUAUUCCUAACUUUGCUGCAGCUGAUUAAAUAAAUGUGGGAAUACAAGACUACAAAUGGAUUAUAAAACGUGCAUUUUCAUGAGACAGGCUGUUCAGUGUGAAUAGAAAUAUCCUGUGAGGGGUGACUUAUUCCCAUACCUUCUUUUUCAUGUAACUUUCAGAAUACAUUUUGAUCAAGUUUAACAGUGCUACCUACAACAAUGGUGGGUGUUCCUGUGGCAGUGCAUUCCAGCAGUGUCCUCCAGCUUUACCAUCCUUAUGUGGCAUGCUCCGAGUGUGUGCUAAUGUAAAAACAGUCCUUUCCUGCUCCCUAUCAAACACAGAGCUGGCCAUGUUGCUAGGUCAGUGUUUUUUGUUUAGCAUUUCUGGGCUUUUUCUUUCCUCUCCCCUUUGAAAUCUCCUUUUUGGAAUGCAUUCCUUCUUUGGUACAGAGAAAGACUAUUCUGUGAAUCUCUUUCUUUCCCAAGUGGCCUGGCAGCUACUUUCAAAACCUGUCAAGGGUUCCUUUUCCAGAGGACUGUGUAUAAGUAACCAUGAGUUACUCUGCUGUUUGUGCCUCUGCACGUGUGUACCACACCCACCAGCUCAGCCUGUCUGCAGUUCACACUCUGUGACAUCGGUGUAAAUAUCCCUUCUGCACUGUCCUUAAUAAUAGCAUCACCCUUUGUAGCUCUGGACCCUCUUGUUUCUCAGCCUAGCACAAGAAGUGCUAGGCUGGCUCACCUCUGAGUGGUUUUUGCUUGCUCGAGCAUUCUGAUGAGCUGUAUGGUCAGGAGGAAGGUGGCAGCAUUAGCAGACAGCAGUGAUGUUGUUCAGUAAAUGCUGGGCAUGUACUGAAACAUUUCUGCAAAGUGUAAUUCUUCAUUCACUUGAAGCAUUGGGAUUCUCUUACUUGUAUUUCUGUACAAUUCUAGGAUGUGCAGCAUUUUCAGCAGUGGUUGCAAAGGAAAGGGCAAGUUCAGUUUAGGUUGAUGUAUCUGAAACAGUCUGUGAAAUUAAGGGAGGGAUUAAUUAAAAAAAAUAUGGCCCAAAGUAAUUUAUCUCAUUAACAUAGCCCAGAAAAGUUUUCAUCAAAGUAAGUACAGUAAUAGUGUCAGUUUUCCAUUUAAAUCUGGAAUAAUAUUUGGGAUCUCAGAUAGUGAAAGGGGAAGGAGGUAUUUUCUAGCUUUCUAAUUAGCUAAUUACUCUUGUGACAAGUAUGCGUGCAAACCUUCCCAAGGUGAUGCUGCUGCAGGGAUCUCUUGAUGAGAACAGUGUUACUAUUUUCAGCUGCAUGUCUCAUUACUUUAUUCUUAGGGAUCCUCACUUUCUGAAAUAAAAUAGUAAUUAGCUUUUUAAUUACUGGUACAUCAGCGGAGCCAGUGUUGCUUGCUGUGGGUGUUUGAGAAACAGCCAAUUAACUGUUUCAGCUUUUUGGAUUUACGUAAUGUUUUUUUCCCUAUUUUUUUGCAGUAUUCACUUAAUGUCGUCAUUUCAGUUCAAUGCCAGUAAAUGAGUGGCAUUGUGAAUGGAAAUGAUAUUGUCUACACAUGCUGGCAGAUAAAAAAGGCUGACUGACAGCUGGAGAACAAUUAUAAAGGUUGUCUGAAUUAAUCCCUCUGCCCUGAGCUAUGUGUGGAAUGAGCACAGUUGCAGUUCUGUGAAUGUAUUCAUAAAAAAAUGUAGGCAGAGUGAUGAAUGGCCUCUUGUGAUUGCUUGCAUUCACCUUGCAUUUUUUUCUCAAUCAUCUCCUUUGCAUGAAGUAGAGCAUUUUAGAAAACCAAAUGUGCCUAUUACUAAUGCAUCUUAGCAUUGGUCUGUCAGAAAUACUACCACCAGCUGUAAUUUUAAAUAUUACCUGUUAGCAUGGAUUAAAAUUAUUUUCUUUAUUGCUCUAAAACUUCUUUUUUAUUAGCAUAUAGCUAUUUUUGGGUAUCAGUGAGAAUUUUAUAAAGUAGCAAUUUCAAGGUAAUUAUAAGGGAUGGAGAGAAAUGCAGGGAUUGACAAGGAUGCUCCUAAGUGCUAAUUUCUUCCCUGUGUGCCAUUUUUCUGCCACACUUGAUUGGAAGAUCUACAUGGAGAUGGUAAGAGUGGAGGAUCAACACUGGUGCACUUCGGUUUUAUUUCUGAUGUCAGGAGCCUUCCAAGGAGCACUGAGGGCCUUGGAGGACACAAUUUUAGCAAGGGUCAGGGAAAUCUUAGCUAGUAGUGUUUCUCCUGUAAGUGAUCAGUCUACAAGGAAGAGCCAAGUGCUUGGCAGCAGUUGUUUCUCUUGGAUAGGGUGACAUUUGCAAGCCUGGCCCCGUGCAAACCCCUCUUCUGCCCUUCAAAGAAAAAUGGAACUUGAGUUGCUUUUUGUUGAAUAUUUCCCUUAAAGACCAGUUUCCAGUGAUUUGUUACCUGGCUAGGAAUUUCUUCUGGCAGUUAACAUGAUCAACAUGCAGGAAGUGAUCUUUGAAGAUGCAGUUGUGCUGAGGGCCACAUCCUCAACAUCCUUUUUCUUACAGAAAAAAAACCCAUACAAGCCAAAGAUUCUGACAAAGAUGCACUGAAUGAGUGUGAAAGACCAAGUUAGUAAUGUGGCAAGAGCUGUUUCAGAGUCUGCAAAAAACCAGAGGACAGAUGAGCUCCCAGCAGUGAGUUAAUGAAUCAAGGCUACACCUGGUGCAUUUACAGCUAGCUGGUGACUAAUCUGAAAUCUUGCUAACUCUGGAUAUUUAUUAAUAAUUUUCCUUCCUGUGUUUGGAUCAAUAUGGGGAGGGACUCUGUGGAGUAUGUGUAGAAGUGGAGAUGGUAAAUCUCGAGGGCUGAAGAGAAGAGCUGUAGUGCCUUUGGAAAUAAGGUGGAUAAUUACAUCCAUCCGUAUGUGGCCUCUGCUCCCUGAUUUUACAUGGCCUCAAAAACAGUUGAAGUCCUUGAUCAGUCCUUUUUCCCCAAGAGCAUCUCUUCCUUUUACUGGUGCAUGCAGAGAAAAAGCUUGUGUCUGCCCAGGCAUGAGACAAGAACAAAUUUAAUUAUUUAGUGAUGUAAUAUAUUUUUGUUUCUUUUUCUAUUCCCCUGCAAAUGUGGGACCAAAUUGAGAGCUGGUGUAAAAUGGUUGAGAUGCUGCACACAGAGGAAUUACUGCUGAAUUUGUCACUUCUGAAUAUUGUCCAGGGACUAGUUUAAUGAAACAAAUUAAAGACUUUGUGUGCGUUAGCAGUAGUGUAGAAAAAAAAUCUGUGGUUUAGUCCAGACUGCUCAUCAGGAGGUGACAUUUAUACAACAAUCUUCCAGUAGGUGUAUUAUGUUUUACUAGAAGCCAGUUCAAAUAAAGCUGCUGUAAUUUAUAAUGGCCUAUUCCACAACACUUGCUAAGUUGAAAAGAGCCAACUAAUAAAGACAUAUUAACUUACAGAAUCACUUAGGGAGUUAAUAACCCUUUCUUUGAGCAUAUGGGUCUGGCUUUAAUAAACAUCAAAUCUGCUUUUUGUUCUUCUAAACAGGAAGGAUUGAUAUUGAGAAGGGCCGAGCACUCAGAAUUUCAGCUGCAAUUGAUGGUGUGUGUUCAGCACCUUGGAAAACCAACUCCUAGAUCAAUGUCAAUUAAAUCUGAGUUUAAAUGGGUUGAGUUGAGGAGACUAAAAAACUCUAGGGAUUCUUAAUAGGGCAUAUGGAAACCCUUAAGUCCAAUUAUUUGUGGUAGCCACUUUGGAGUCGCCUCCGUGAGGCUGGUGGAAAAAUAAGUACAAAGUGAUGUGAGUGUCUGCUUCUCACUAGUCCCAACCCCUCAACUGGAAAUUUUUAAAAUGUACUUAACCAAAAAUCCAGCUUUCUGCUGAAAUAAAAAGGAAAGGACAUAAUUUGACAAUUUGUAUGACAAUUUGUAAUAAGAAUUCCCAAGGGCAAGCCACUUAAUACCAAGUAUAAACGGCUGUGAUGGAAUUUCUACUUAACGUAUGUCAGCUUAAUGGAAGAAAAAACAAAUGUCUAAUGGUUGGCACUGUAUCAUGUUCUUACACAGGAAACAUUUAAAACUAAGGGAUGGAUGGGCAAGAGACCCAGGAGUGCUUUCUUCCAGAACUUCUCCUUUGCAGAUGGGGUUGAGAUGUGUUGUGAACCAGGAGUUUAUUCUGUUUGUUUAGUGUCUAUAUUGAUCAGGCAAAUCCUGCAGAAUUUUCCAUUUCUUGCUUUGAUAAUUUGUUAUCUGCCUCCUGUUUCUGGCGCUUCUGGGGCCUUGGCAAACCAGGAGGCACCUGGCAUUUUUGCUACCAAACCCAUCUGUCCUAAACCUGUCUGUCCAUCUGUCCAUCAUCUGUCCUAAAGUGAUGGAAGGAGUGAGAAAGCUUUCUCCUUGCUCUUGUGUUUUUACCAGUGUAGUCUGGGUUAAAAGUAGCCAUGGCAAGCAGAGCCAUGCUCACUCUGAUACAAGUGUGACUGGGCAUUUCCUGAUGUGGAAAGGUGGUUUCAAGAGACCCAGCCUCCAGAACUUCACUCAUGGUUGCAAGGUGGUUAGAGCCCAUGAUGGCAGUGCAGAACUACCAGCUCUUUCAGCCUGGGGACAAUGUGUCCUAGCUGUUAUGUCAUAGCAAUUCUGGACUUCCUGGCCACCUUCUGUAGUGAAAAACCUUUUGAAAGGUGGGGAAACAUGGUAGACUUGAAGAAACAAGUGUCCUGUGUGCCUCUGGACUCUGACCUAGCAGGAGGUGGGUAACCAUGACCCUGUGGUCCUCUCUGACCUCAGGGCUUGUUCUAUUCAGUUCCUUCUCUUUAAUAAAACUACAAACCAAAAGAACAACUGUUGUGUUUCAAUCUCCAAUCCAAAGUUAAAAAUAAUUGCGAAAAUUGAUGUGAAAUUGAUGUGGCCUGCUGAGCCUAGAUCUGAUUUUAUUGUGUCAGAGGCAAUUAAAUGGCAAAGAAAAACUAAGUAUAUGGUGAUGUUUCAGCAAGAAACAACCAGGUCAGAAUAUGAACCAGACAGAAAAUACUGGUCUUUUCUCACUUUCAAGGUCCUCUCAUCUCCUAAUUCAUGGGAGUUUUUUGCUAGUGGCUUUAAUGAGAAAUGUCAGAUCCUUAUGUAAUAGGGAUUUCUGAAUUUGUGAAAUACAUACUGGAAGUGUUCCUGUGGUCAGUGAGGGUUCUUCCAACCCUACUUUGUGUUGCAGAGGAGGAAGUUUUUUACCAGACAUGUAGCAUUAUUUCUCAGCAAAAGGGACUCCCCACUCUCACAUUGCCAGCAGAGAUUCUCCUCAGAGGAUGUCAGCUUGGGGAUCCAACACAAGUGAGCUCCUGCUCCCUGCUGAUGGCUGAAGGAGACACUCAGCCCUGUUCAUUACACCCUGUAGUAUCUGCUGUUCUUGCUCAGUUCACUUUCACUGCUGCAGCACUUUCAGGCUCCAGGCAUGAACAAGUGUGCCACAUUUGCUCUGAAAGCAGGAAAAAAAGAUAAUCUUUCUCUGAGGGGGUUGUGACUAGGGAUGUCUCUUGCCAGCAGACAGCAGGGAGCCGGAGAUUUUGAAACAGA